UGAGCGAUAGAGGCUUCGCUAGCUAACGUUACUUUACAGAGAUUUUUUCCCCAUCUUCGAGGGAAGUCAAACAGGAUGGGAUAGGAAACGAGAGGAGAGCGAAAGAGGAAAAGUUACCCCCCCAAAUAAUAAAUGAAAAAGACUGCAAUUAUUUUUCCCCGGAAAAAAACGCCUUCGAGAUAAAUACUCAUAAAAUAUUUGUAGCACAUUACCCUAUACGUUAUUUGUCUAAUAAAUGCAUGGGUGUCUCUGCGUUUUUGCGGAUGCAAAAGAUAACGCGAAGCGAAUUUUGUGCAGUUGAAUUUGCACUUCCGCGUACAAUGUUUUUUUCCACCGACGAACGGCAACUUUCAAACAGGAAACCUUAUUAAACGGCCGCCUGUUCGUUUCACCUAUUUUUUUUAGGAGCUUGAUUGGCAGGUGCUGGCCCCUCCUGGCAGUAUGGACAGUGAAGAAGCCCACGAUGGGCAGGUGCUGUCUGAGGCCCAGAGCUCGAACCCAGCGAUGAGCAUCAUCGGGGCGGAGGAUGAGGAGUUCGAGAACGACCUGGAGCCUAUGGUGGAUGACCAGUCCAGCCACUUCAACAGCAUUGAGCUGCUGAAGGUGCGGCCGGCUCACCUGCUCGUCUUCCUGCAACACGUCAUUCUGCAGUUUGACUGCGCCGUCGUGCUGUGCUACCUCCAUGCUGACCUCUUUAAAAACCUCAAUGCCAAAGAGACCAAGAAGCAGUUUGUGGAUUUCUACAACACUUUCCUGGACAGAGGGGCAAUUCUCAGAGUACAAAUCCCCCACCAUGUAUCCUAUGAUUUGGACCGCACUCGGCCUGACCAGAUCGGUGAGGACGUCCAGAAGCGCUACGUUCAAGACAUCCAGAACCAUCUGGCCCCGGAAGUCCUGCACCAGCUGGAUGACUUCAGGCAGAAGAGGACGAUGGGAAUGACCCUUAACGAGCAGGGGCUGGUUGAAGUGGAGUCCUACCAGCCCACUGACAGGGUUUCCUUGGAGAUGAAGGAGAGGACCGUGGCCGAGUCCCUGCUGGAUAAAAUGUCCGAGAUGCACCCCAUAAGCGGCGCUGAUGAGGAGAAAUACUCCUCCAUCUUAGGAGCAGUGGUCUCCUACAUGAAGCACCUGGGAGUGAAGACCAAGGCCGCUGAGGGCAAGAAAAGGGGCUUCUUCAGAAAGAAGAUCCCAGGGAUGAGGGUGAAGAGCGAAGAAUCCACCAAGUCUAAGCAGAGAGGAGGGUUUCCCAACAUUCUCAGUGAGACGGCGCGUUGGAUAGGAGGCGGCAAUGUUGAAAUCAAAGCAGCUAAAUUGGAGAAUGAAGGUGACAAAGAGAAGGUGACCCAGGAGCGAAAGGGUUCGAGUGGCCCCGCCCAAUCCGCUCGCAGUGUGGCCCCGGAGCCCACCCCGGCAUCCUUCCCGUACAGGAAACCAGGGGCCACGGUGGCCUCAGGGAGCCUCCAGGGGUCAGAGGGCAGUGAGGGGUCAGGGGUGAGCAUCAGCGUGACCUCCAGCCCGGACUCCUCCUACAGUGAGAUGGGCCUUACCAGCAGCCGCUCAGACCCCCAGUCCAUCUCAGAAGGGGGGGAGGUGUCUCCGGUAGGGAUCGCCGGAUCGCUCUCCGUCUGGGAGCCCUCUCCCGCCAAUGAGCCGACCCCUGAGGAGAACCAGGACAAAGACAGUGUCGACAGCGGGGCCACGCCCACAGAGGGCUCCCUCCCAUGCCCUGCCUCUGGUCCCGCCUUCCCUCAGGAAGAGGUGGAGCCCCGAGUCCAGGAGCUGGAGCAGGACCUGCCCAACUGGAAGGAGCAGGCCCCCCCGGAAGCCCUCAGCAACCUGAGCAAGAAGGAGACCAAGAGGCAGGAGGUCAUCAACGAGCUGAUUGUGACCGAGCACGCCCACGCGCGCAUGCUCACCGUGCUGCAGACGGUGUUCUCCCGCCCGCUGGGGCGGGACAUGAUCAUGACCCACGAAGAGCUCGAAACCGUCUUCCCCGGCCUGGACGAGAUCAUCGAGGUGCACUAUGCCUUCUAUGAUAACCUGAAGAAGCUGCACCAGGAGAACAACUUCAUAGUGAAAUCUAUAGGAGCCACACUUCUGCACAUGUUCAACGGUGCGGACGGUGAAUGGUUCCAGAAACUCACCGCACGGUUCUGCAGUCGCCAGUCUUACGCCCUGGAUCAGAUCAAGAGCAAACAGAAGAAGGACCAGCGCUUCAAUGCCUUCAUACAGGAGGCGGAGAGUAAGCCCCGGUGUAGGAGACUGCAGCUGAAGGACAUCAUUCCCAUAGAGAUGCAGAGACUCACCAAAUACCCCCUGCUGCUGGAGAACAUUGCCAAGAGCACAGAGGACAGCGCUGAGCGGGAGAGCAUCCAGCAAGCUGCGGAGUGCUGUCGCAAAAUCCUCAACCAUGUCAACGAGGAGGUGAAAAAGAUGGAGAACAUGCUGACACUCAAAGACUACCAGCGCAGAUUGGACACCUCGGGCCUGAAGCCAUGUAACGACCUGUAUGCGGAGUACAAGAGUAUUGACCUGACUUCAAAAACAAUGAUCUACGAAGGAGCUCUCACCUGGAAAGUCACUAAAGAGAAAGCUCUCGACGUCCAGUGCGUGCUGCUGGGAGACCUGCUGGUGCUGCUGCAGAAGCAGGAUGAUAAGAUGGUGCUGAAGUGUCAGAGUAAGAGCAGUACCAGCGUGCAGGAGGGCAAGCAGAUGCUCAGCCCCAUCAUCAAGCUGGACUCCGCCUUCCUCAGGGAGGUGGCCACAGACCGCAAGGCCUUCUACGUGAUCUUCACCUGGGAGAGCGGAGCCCAGAUCUACGAGCUGGUGGCCCACUCGGUGGUGGAGAGGAAGAACUGGACCGAGCUCAUCAAGUCUGUGGUGGACGAGCUGAAGCAGAGUGGAAGCACCAGCACAGACAGGAAGAGGAACAGCCUGUCGCCCGUCGGGGGAGGGCUCCUCUACAGCCCUACCACUUUGCAAGCCCCUCUCAGCCCCACUGAGAAUGGAGGACUACCACUGAAAAACAACUCCGUGGAGCAGGGGAAGGAGACCCUUUCUGAAGAAAAGGGUGGAGACUCGAGUCAGAUGCUGAUGGACUAUCUUCUGGCCAAUGGCUUUGACGUGAUCGCUCACAGCAACUCUCCACAGGAGAAGGUGGCCAAUCAGGCGCUGGAGGAUGUUAUGUCCCUGAAAAGGCUAUUGGGUGGCAGUGUCAGCCAAUCGGAGGAUUCCGUGUCUGAUGGGGAGAAUGGAGGGACAGAGCCAAAACAGCACCAAGAGUCGGAUGGCUGUCAAACACAAGAAGAAGGAGCCAACAUGGAGGGAAGGAUGGAGGGGGAGCAGGGAGGUGGAGAAGACGGGGAGACAAAGGAAGGAGUGGAUGGAAGGAUCAGCGCCCCACUGGAGCUGUCGGCGGAGAGGAUGGAGGAGGUGCGGAGUAAACUCCAGAGCCUGGAGCAACAGCUGAAACAGCUGCAGAGCGUGGAGGAAGAAUACCACAGGUUGCAAGAAGUCCUCUCCAAACGCACUCUCUCAGGGUUCAGCUUCCAGUGACACAUACUGCCACCUGCUGGACUUCAGAUCACUGUAUUUGCUGGACUGGCGUGGAAGAGUUGUUUUUUUUUGUGGGGGGGAUGGGGGUUAUUGUUGCUGUCUGGAAUUUCCUGUCUACCCUCUCUGCGCCUGAGUGGUAGCACUGCUCCUUGCUGAAGGUGGACAGCGAGUCUCAACCAACCAUGAAGCCCCAAGGUUGAGAGGGCUUGUCCGACUGUCUUGUGUGUGAAGGACGAGAGAGGUUUGCAUACAGGUGCCAAAGACAGGAGCUAUGUUCUGCUGUGAGUCAUAGACUGCGCUGCCUUAGCAUUUUGAUUGUGAGCUGUAGUAACAGACAUACGCACACACACACACACACACACACAAACAUACA